AGAUGAUAAAAACGAAAGUAGGGCUUCUACAAGAAUAGUGGUGGUCUUGUUUUAUGAUACAAUUUUAAUUUUCACGAGAAAGCGAAAAUGAGAAUAAAGCGAAGAAAUAAGCAAGGCGGUGACCACCACGGCGGGCCUCAGCUGUCGACGGGCGCCGUGCUCGCGGUCUCGUUUUUCUUCAUCAAGUGUGUGGCGCCCUUCUUCUACGGCGCGACCUGUUUGCUGUUCGGGUACAGCGGUCUACCUACGCAUGUCGUCAUGGCCAAGGACCUCCGCAAAGUGCAUGUCGCUGUGGGUAGUUCUGGUGGCAUGGCGGACGGAACGAGCAGCUCCAAAGCAGCGGAACAAGGUGGUCCAGCGUACUACGACGAAUUUUCUGACCAAACGGACGUAGAUCAUGAGACCGACCAAGCUGAUUCGUCGCAUCGGCUGCUGUCAUAACGCUGCGAAGCCGGCGUCGUUCGCAACUUCGGACAGUAGUACAACAAGUUCCGGCUCUAUCGUUCUCAACGCGACUGCGGUAGCGGCGUUCCCGAGUUUCAGCCCAGCUGCUUUGGAGAAACUGCAGGGGGAUGAGGCGCAGAUCCAGGAGUACCUGACGGGACAGAAUUUUACGGAGUACCAAAUCAACUUGGUGAUGGAAGCGUGGAUUGAUGCGGGAAAGGACUGGGAUGCGGUAUGGUUCGAAGAAAUGCUGACGCUAGCGGUUUUUUUCGUUUAGUGCGCAAAUGAACAGACGACACUAGUUCAUCGCUUUGAGAUGGAAAAGAAAUCUCACCUAUGAACGUAUUACAUCAGGUAUCCCAACUGCGUGACAGCGGGAUGCUGGCCGCUUUUGAGCACCUGGACCACGACAAAAGCGGCGUUUUGGGCGAGUCGGAAUGGUCCACAGAAUGUGUCCGCGCAGCCGAUGUCGACAAGAGCGGCAACGUUGGGGUUUCGGAGAUGGGCGAGUUCUGCACUCAUCACGACAGCAAUGGGGCUACGACAGCGGAUGCCGCAUUCCUCGAAACCAGGGCGAUAGGGAUGUGGCCGUUCAACAUGUUGUCGUCAUGCUGCUAUCUUCACGGUGGACUUCCAAAGCACGACGUCGAGGAGAUCCAGGUCCGCGAUGCCAACAGAAACCCGGAACAGGAAAGAUUUGAGGAGCGCAACAACCCGUUCGGCUUUCUACCUGGUGACCUACCUCCAGAGGAUGACAAGCGCGGCCCGUCGAGCAACCCUUCUUCACUUAGCGGCCACACCGACACCGAUUCCGAUACGCCCGGCACCGGCUCGCCCGGCUCAAUUCCCCCCCUGCCGGAGCGAUCCAAGUACAUGAAUUUCGCGUGAUUAGUACCCAUUCUGAAGAUGAGCGUCACACUCACACUCUUCAAUAGCGUUAUUCUUAUUCAUUGAUAUUUCACGACUCUAAUAUGACAAACAAGCAAUACCAAUAUCUAUAUCAAUCAAGAAUGUGAAUGAUUGAAGAAAGCUAAGCAGCAGACGAUGAAGUGGAGUACUACUUGCAAGUAUAAUUCGUCCCCAAAAAAAACAUCAGCCCCAGAAACAUGCGGUUCAUUCCCCUCGGGGGAACCGGCACCCCCCGUGACACCUCGUGAAGUUGGCGUGGCGCAUCCCAAGAAAAUAAUGGAGCUUGGCUACCACAGGCACAGCUAACAUGAAAAUCACACGUGCUCCCUUUCCGCUGCUUUAGCUUUGAAAAACGAGUUGUUAUUUUGAUGAGAAAACGAUAGGUAUAAAUAUAUUGGUUGACAAACCAAAAUCUCAACCACGCCAAUUUGUCUCAACGUUGAGACAAAACGCCCCAACGUUGACACCGACGCCUCAACUUCGGCACCGUUUAGGGAUUAGGGUCUAGGGUUUGGGGUUCUGGUCGUCGGCCAGGGCAGCCGCCGCCGGCCGGCCGGCCGGCCGGCGGCGGCUGCCCUGGCCGACGACUCUCUCCUUUCCUUGUGUUGUGUUCCACACCCGGCGCACCCCUGCCCGUGUGUGUUGCCGCGUCCUUGCCCUCCUUGUGUCUCAUCGACCCCGCCUCGCGUCAAUGGCGGCGGGCGUACCUCUCCGCCGCUACCGACGAGCGUUGUUUGGGGCCGCCGGGCAAUCGUUGAGACGAUUGCCCAUCGGCCUCAUGAACGUUGAGACAAGAACGUUGAGAUUCUGGUCUGUUAACCAAAUAUAUUUCAAUCUGAUGCUACUUGCAGGAACAUCAAAAGAAAAUGAAAAAUAAA